GAGAGUUAACAGUUUUGGAAGUCGCUAGGGGUUAUAUUGAAAGUUAACGCUUCAGGUUCUAGGUUGAGCACAAUGACCGCCUCCUCCUGGGCAGCUGGUCCGGAGGCGAGCGCGGAGGAGCUCCGCCUCUGGCUGCCUUGGGGGGGGAACCCACCUUACCAGGGCGCAGAGACCAAACCUGGAGCCGCGUGCACGGGGGACCCCGCGUCCCGCCGAGCACCGGCCGCAUGUAGCCCUCUCCGACUGAGCUAAGAAGGGGGUGCUCCUCGCGGCCCUCUGGGGGAGCCCUCCCACUCUUUCCAACUUUCCCGGCCCUGGGGCCGGAGGAGGGCGCCUCUCCCGGCGGGUGCGCGCUCGGUACUUAAAGGCGGCUCCGUGGGGCCGGCGCUCGUCAGUCGGAGCGCGCAGCGGCGGCGGUGCACCGGGGAGCGAGGCGCGGCGGCGGCGAGGAGCAGGAGGAGGGGCAUGGAGCCGCCGCGGGCCUGCUGAGUACCGGAGCGCGGGCAGCCGGCGGCACGAUGCCGGUGCAGCUGACGACAGCCCUGCGUGUGGUGGGCACCAGCCUGUUUGCCCUGGCGGUGCUGGGUGGCAUCCUGGCGGCUUACGUGACAGGCUACCAGUUCAUUCACACAGAGAAGCACUACCUGUCCUUCGGCCUGUACGGUGCCAUCCUGGGCCUGCACCUGCUCAUCCAGAGCCUGUUUGCCUUCCUGGAGCACCGGCGCAUGCGGCGGGCGGGCCGGCCGCUGAAACUCGCCUCCCCAUCACGCCGCUCGGUGGCACUGUGCAUCGCGGCAUACCAGGAGGACCCCGACUACUUGCGCAAGUGCCUGCGCUCCGCCCAGCGCAUCGCCUUCCCUGACCUCAAGGUGGUCAUGGUGGUGGAUGGCAAUCGCCAGGAGGACGCCUACAUGCUGGACAUCUUCCACGAGGUGCUAGGCGGCACUGAGCAAGCUGGCUUCUUUGUGUGGCGCAGCAACUUCCAUGAGGCAGGUGAAGGGGAGACCGAGGCCAGCCUGCAGGAGGGCAUGGACCGUGUGCGGGAUGUGGUGAGAACCAGCACCUUCUCCUGCAUCAUGCAGAAGUGGGGAGGCAAGCGAGAGGUCAUGUACACGGCUUUCAAGGCUCUUGGUGAUUCAGUGGACUACAUCCAGGUGUGCGACUCUGACACCGUGCUGGAUCCAGCCUGCACCAUCGAGAUGCUUCGAGUCCUGGAGGAGGACCCCCAAGUAGGGGGAGUUGGAGGAGAUGUACAAAUCCUCAACAAGUAUGACUCGUGGAUCUCCUUCCUGAGCAGUGUGCGGUACUGGAUGGCCUUCAACGUGGAGCGGGCCUGCCAGUCCUACUUCGGCUGCGUGCAGUGUAUUAGUGGGCCUUUGGGCAUGUACCGCAACAGCCUCCUCCAGCAAUUCCUGGAGGACUGGUACCACCAGAAGUUCCUGGGCAGCAAGUGCAGCUUCGGAGAUGACCGCCACCUCACCAACCGAGUCCUGAGCCUCGGCUACCGGACUAAGUAUACAGCACGCUCCAAGUGCCUCACAGAGACUCCCACCAAGUACCUCCGGUGGCUCAACCAGCAGACCCGCUGGAGCAAGUCUUACUUCCGAGAGUGGCUCUACAACUCUCUGUGGUUCCAUAAGCACCACCUCUGGAUGACCUAUGAAUCAGUGGUCACAGGUUUCUUCCCCUUCUUUCUCAUUGCCACAGUCAUACAGCUUUUCUACAGAGGCCGCAUCUGGAAUAUUCUCCUCUUCCUGCUGACGGUGCAGCUGGUGGGCAUUAUCAAGGCUACCUAUGCCUGCUUCCUUCGGGGCAAUGCAGAAAUGAUCUUCAUGUCCCUCUAUUCCCUUCUGUAUAUGUCCAGCCUCCUGCCAGCCAAGAUCUUUGCCAUUGCUACCAUCAACAAGUCUGGCUGGGGCACCUCUGGCCGAAAAACCAUCGUGGUGAACUUCAUUGGCCUCAUCCCUGUGUCCAUCUGGGUGGCAGUCCUUCUAGGGGGACUGGCCUACACAGCGUAUUGCCAGGAUCUGUUCAGCGAGACAGAGCUAGCCUUCCUGGUCUCUGGGGCCAUCCUGUAUGGCUGCUACUGGGUAGCCCUCCUCAUGUUGUACCUGGCCAUCAUCGCCCGGCGAUGUGGGAAGAAGCCAGAGCAGUACAGCUUAGCUUAUGCUGAGGUGUGACACGGCCCCCAAGCAGAGUGGGAAAAGUGCAAUGGGUAA